CACUCAGCACAUCCAUGGCUCUGCUCAUUACAACAAGUAUGCCACUCAUUGCAACAGUCGAUUCACCUGCUGAGUUAGCAACAACAGUACCAUUUAAUAAAACAACACAAGUAAAGGAAACUGUCGCACCACUCAAAAUAACAGACAGACCAUUAAAUACAGCAGUUACACCUCACAGUACACCUGUUGCGCCACUCAACACAGGUGUCACGCUUUAUACAACAGUCACAACAUUAAAUGCAACAGGAACACCUCUCAUUUCAACUUUCACUUCAUCCAAAACUGCUGAAAAUGUGACACAAUCUAACACAAGUUCUCAAUUCACAACCACAAUAUUUCCCCCAAAUACAACACUAUUUAACUCGACAGCACCAUCACAAAGUAUAUUACAUUUAAAUGCAAGGACACAACUGACCACCAAAUCCGCAUUCACAGCACAGUUAAACUCAACUGGACCAGAAAACACAACAAUAUCUAAUGCUACAUCAUUUACUCACCACAGUGCAACAUCUCCAAUACAAACUAGUACAAAAUUAUCACUAUUUAACACAACACUUACUAAUAAAACUACUCUGCCUGUUCACAUCUCUGAAAACAAAACAUCAUUUAAUAUUAAACAAUAUAACACAACCAUUCCUCUUCAAAAUGCAACAAACUCUCAUACCGCAGCCCCAAACAAAACACAGCCUCUUCAGAAUAAAACAGAAUUCAGUACAACAGCAAUUCCAUAUAACACAACCUCUUAUGCUGUGGCACCCUCAGACAAUACAACACAAGCCAACACAACAACAUUAGCAAUUCAUUUAGAAGAAUCAAACACAACACAACCUCUUGAGAAUACAACAGAAUUCAGUACAACAUCGAUGACAUACAACACAACACAACUUCGGAAUAAUUCUACACUGGAGACCACUGGUGCUGAAACUACUACCACUGAACUCACAACAACAAAUACACCACAAGUCAAUACCACAAUGUAUAUACUUAAUUUCACAACUUUCAAUACAACAAUGGAUAUUCCUGAUAUAUUGUAUUCCAAUGUAACAUACCCUCUGUUCAACACAACACAAAACAAUGCAACAGACUUUCUAAUGAACACGACCCUGUUCAACACAACGGAAACACCACUGUAUGUAACUACUCACAACAGCAGUGAUACCAGUCGUAGUAUCAACAUAACAGAGACCUCCAACAGUACAUCAGGACUGAAUACAACAGCAAGCCCUGUAGUAGAUACAACACAGUUUAACUCCACAAACACAAUGAAGGUACAUUCAACAACCUUCCCAACAACAGAAAAUAUCACCAGUGGGCCAACUGGCUAUCCAUCAGAGCACAUCACAACAGUUAGUCUCCUCAACACAACACAGUUAAAUGGCUCAUUAGAAAAAGCUUUCACUGAUAAUACAAUAAUGAAUACAACCACAACAAUCAAUCCAAUCAACAUUCAACACAACACAACCAUUAACACGAUUGUCACCAAUAACAGUACAGCUCUCACAACUGCUGUGCCAGUUAUACAUCCAAGCUCUCCUCGGAGCAGCUACAAUUUUACAGUAGCAUCUUCAAUUGUCACUCAAACAACCAGCAGAGUGAAUACACUGGGAAUCACUGCAAGACCAGCUGUGCCAGCCACAUCUACUAUCACCACAGCGACAACUUCAGAAAUCGCAACAAUUGAAAGCCAAGACUCGUUGGCAAAUGAUCUUCUUAAUCAAACAAAGGAUGUAACAACUCUAAACUCAUCAGAGGUGAAUAAGUUGGUCAACCAGCUUGAGAAUCUGCUCACUGCACCCAUCAUAAGUCUGGAACUGGGCCAAACAGUGCUGUCCGUCAUCAACAACUUACUAAACAGCUCUAGUGAUACUCUGGCUACCUCCUCUAACCGACUGAUCAGAGCUGUGGAUAGUCUGGGUCUAAAACUGUUGAUUUGGGACCAGACCGAGAGCAUUGCAUUUGAAUCACUCUCUUUGGCUGUGACCAAAGUCGAUGGGACCAACUUUGGGACAACAUCAUUUUCAGUCGCAAAUCCCUUAAACCCACAGGUGACUAAAGGAUUUCAAAGAGAAGUCAAAGCAGUGGAAAGCUCUUCUUCUCUGGGAAAAAUAACACUGCCUGCCUCCUUGACAGAAAACCUCUCUCCUGAAGAACAGAAAAUCGCCUCCAGAGUCCAGUUCACCUUCUUCCAGAAAAGCACUUUCUUUCAGGACAAAGCAUUGACCCAACAGUCUCUAAACAGCCACAUUCUGGGCUCUAGUGUGGCUAACCUGUCAAUCAAAAACCUGAAGGAGAAUGUGGAGUUUACUUUGAAGAAUAAACAGCCAGUUGCAGGGAACUAUGUAGCUUCCUGUGUAUUCUGGGACUUUGACCAAAAUGGAGGUUUAGGAGGCUGGAGUUCAAGUGGCUGUUUUGUCAAGAACAGCAGCACUGUGAAUGAGACUGUUUGCAGCUGUAAUCAUCUCACCAGCUUUGCAGUGCUUUUGGAUGUUAGCCGGCAAGGCAUAACUGAUCGUUUGCAGGCCACCAUCCUAACCUUCAUCACUUACAUCGGUUGUGGGGUCUCCGCUAUCUUUCUCUCAGUUACUCUGCUCACUUACCUUGCAUUCGAUAAAAUCCGCCGUGACAUCCCCUCCAAGAUCUUGAUCCAUCUGUGCUUUGGCCUGCUCUUGUUGAACCUGGUUUUCUUGUUGGACUCGUGGUUGGCACUGUACCCAAACGCCGUAGGCCUCUGCAUUUCUACAGCUUUCUUCCUGCACUACUUCCUAUUGGUCUCCUUUACCUGGAUGGGGUUGGAAGCUCUGCAUAUGUACCUAGCCAUUGUCAAGGUCUUCAACAACUACAUGUCCAGAUAUAUGCUGAAGUUCUCCCUGGUGGGCUGGGGAGUCCCUUUGAUUGUUGUCAUUAUUCUGAUUGUGGUAAACAAGGACAACUAUGGCCUUUUAAGCUAUGGGAAAUAUUCGGAUGGAACUACAGAUGAUUUCUGUUGGCUCAAAAAUGACAUAGCGUUCUACGUGGGCGUCGUGGCAUACUUCGGUAUUAUAUUUGUGUUGAACAUUGCCAUGUUUGUAUUGGUAAUGGUCCAUCUGAGACGGAUCAAGCAGCGGAACCCCCACAAUAACCAGUACCGCAGUGGAGUACAUGACAUUCGUAGCAUUGCAGGACUCACUUUCCUGCUGGGCCUUACCUGGGGCUUUGCCUUUUUUGCCUGGGGACCCGUUAACUUGGCCUUCAUGUACCUGUUUGCCAUCUUCAAUUCCCUACAGGGCUUUUUUAUUUUUCUAUUCCACUGCGCUCUAAAGGAGAAUGUCCGUAAACAGUGGAGAAUGUACCUCUGCUGUGGCAGGUUACGAUUAAAUGAAAACUCAGAGUGGAGUCGGACAGCUACACAAAGCAAAAACACUAAGAAGGCUUCAAUUCUUACAUCAGACUCUAAUUCAGUGAGCCACAGUGCACCCUGAAGCUCAGUGUGCAGCGAUGAAUCAGUGCUGUCCAAUGGCAUUGGCUCACCAACUGACGAUAGUCUGAUCAUGUCUGAGGAAACAACUGAUGAUGUGGUUCUCAAUGAAAUCAACAGUCAACUCAGAUCACGGAUCAGAUCUGUGUAGUCUUCGGGAAACCAUUGAGGUGACACAAAACAGGGGAAGAAGCAGGCAAUUAAACAUUCUGUUUGUGUUCCAGGGUUAAGUUCCUGAGUUUUGGAACUCGGCUCCAAAAAACAAACUUGCACAAGAAAAAUGUCCUUUUUCAUCACUCUCUCUGAAUGAUAAUAACAUCCAGUGAAGCAUGCAGUGUUAAGUUUCAGACAUUUUGUUAUUUGUUAUUGAGCCAGGCCGCUUGGAGCUGUCCAUGUGAGACAUAGAAUGCAAGAUAGCAAUGACCUAUGGGAGCCAAUUGCAUAAAAAUAUCCCCUUACUGAGAAGUGAGGAAAUGUUAUAUUACAGCCCACUUUUUCAGCUUCAAGUUUUUUUUAAUGGAGUUUUAAACACCUAUAUAUUUUCAGUGAACAGUAUUAAAUGCCUCCUAAUCUGUGAUAUGCAAUAAAACAUGAAAAUGUGAGCGCAGAUGAUUGCAGUGCAUGAAAUGAUGCUUACAAAAAAAAAAAAAAAAAAAAGAAACAUUUUAAAAUAAAGUAAAUGAAGGACUACACUUAUAAUUAUGGGGUAAGGGGAAAUGAAAAUACUUUGUAAGCUUUUUGUUUCCUUUUUACCUUUAAUUUUGAUUUAAAAAAAAAUACAAAAUAAAAAACACAACAAUGUACCAGACAUGUGUUGAAGAGAGACUGAGAUAAUGUUCAACUCUGGGUCUAGUUGUCAAUAUGGUAGUUCUUUUUUUUUUUUUUUUUUUUUUUACAGUGAUCCUCAACUUCGUAGUCCUUACAUAACGAGGAAGUAUGGAAGAAACUUUUUCUGAAAAUAGCAGUGAAAUGUAAUCAUAUAUUUUUUUUUUUGUAUGUACUGUAUAAAAGAACAAUUGUCUGUAAAUUGUUUUUAAACAGGAAACUAGGUUAUUUUUUGUCAUAGUAUAGUAAUAUGAUUUAUUAUAUUUUUUUAUUUUAGUUAUUCACAAUUACAGUAUGUAGUUUAAUGUUGAGAAUUUCACAUUUGUGCAUUUAAAGCAGAAGUAGGAAUUCUAACAUAAUACAUAAUUUAUUAUACAUUAUCUUCAUCUAAAAAUCAUUAUUUAUUUUUUGUGUACAGUAAAUGUAGAUUCUAAGCAAACACUGAACAUUCCCUUAUUGUUAGUGUAUGUUGCCAUUUGAUUCUUUUUAGCCAAUUCCUAAAGUUCUAUGAACUUUCUUCUUUUUAGGUUUUAUAUUUUAAGACUAUAAACUUGCAUUCCUAUAAUGUUGCAGGGAGGUUUUUGUGUGACAACCAAAUAAGAAUGUAAACAGAAUGUUACCUGAUGGUUAUUAUUAGGCUUCAGCUUUUAUAACAAAAAACAAAUGGAGCUGUCAAAUGGAGCAGUCAAAACAACCUGGAGCUGAACCCGCUCAAAACGGUGGAGAUGAUUGUGGACUUUAGGAGGAACACCCCAACACUGACCCCCCUCACCAUUCUAAACAACACUGUGGCAGCAGUGGAGUCAUUCAGGUUCCUGGGCACUACCAUCUCACAGGACCUGAAGUGGGAGACACACAUUGACUCCAUUGUUAAAAAAGGAAGUUGUACUUCCUUCGCCAGUUGAGGAAGUUCAACCUGCCACAGGCACUGCUGAUACAGUUCUACUCAGCAGUCAUUGAGUCUGUCCUCUGCACUUCAGUAACUGUCUGGUUUGGUGCAGAUACCAAAUCGGAUAUCAGAAGACUACAGAGAACAGUUCGGACUGCUGACAGGAUUAUUGGUUGCCCCCUGCCCUCCCUUCGAGAACUGUACACUUCUAGAGUGAGGAAAAGGGCUGGAAAAAUCACUCUGGACCCCACUCACCCCAGGCUAUCCAUCUCAUGAACAGUUAAAACUGCCCCAUUGAGUAAUAAUUAUGUGCAAUUCACUGUUUAGUCUUUUUAUAUUUAUCCAACACAUCGUGCCUCUUCUGCCAUUAAAUUUCUUUGCACUGUAUAUAACAGAUUUGUAUUUGCACUACGUAUAUAUCUAUAUAUAUGUGUGUGUGUGUGUGUGUGUGUGUGUGUGUGUGUGUGUAUAUAUAUAUAUAUAUAUGUAUGUAUGUAUGUAUGUAUGUAUGUAUGUACAUACAGGGUUGGGGAGUAACGGAAUACAUGU